AUGACUGAUCAAAGAGUAACACGCUUAUCAAAUUAUCUUGCACCAGACGAUGAAGACAUGCCGCUGGAAGCUAUACCACCAGAUUUAGGGGAUGAGAGAUUGAAUCGCUUGGUAUCCUUCUUGAACUAUAAGUUUAAUGCUAUAGAUGCAAGGUUUAACGGUAUGGAUGAAAGAUUUGAUGCUAUGGAUGUAAGACUUAAUGCUAUGGAUGAAAAAUUCGAUCUUUUGGAACGAAGGGUAAGUAGCGUGACAGCACGGUUUGACAACAAGUUCAAGGGUGUAGGCGGAGAGGAGAACACUCCUCAUUCAUAUAGUCCCAUUAUGAACGGAUCUAAUCAUUAUCCGCAUGAAAAUGGUUUAGAUAAGAUCAUGUCGCUUCAUCAGAUUGAUUACUUUAAUGGGAGCGUGGCCAAUAGUUAUUUGGAAUUUUAUGGGUUGAACACAAGAGGUAGCAUUCGGAACAGGAAAAACAGAUUAAUAAAGUUCCUUGGAAUUGACACUGAGAACAAAAUGAGUAUAGAAUAA